AUGCCACCAAGGAGGUCUCACAAGAAGUCCAAGGCUGGCUGCAAAAGAUGUAAGACCCGCAAAAUCAAGUGCGACGAGCUUCAUCCAAUAUGCGGGAACUGCUCUAAGCAUGGCGUAUCUUGUGAUUUCCAAGAUUCUGGGUUCGCACCCUCGACUCCGAACCCUUCCUCGAAUCCGCUUCGAAACGGACGGUACUCGACCGAGACUCCCAGUAUCUCUGCCUCUUCUCCUGGCUCGAAUUCGGCAGUGGUCUCAUUCUACCGGACUCCAAUUGACCCCGUGAGGGCAAGCCUUAAUCCCGCAGCCUCUCGUUCUCUUGAGCUCAAGCUCAUGCAUCACUACACGGUAUCAACCGCAAACACGUUUUCAGACCAGCAAGCCCAGAAGGAAGCAUGGCAGCUCAGUGUUCCAACAAUAGCAUAUGAUGCACAAUAUCUCAUGGAUGCGAUCCUUGCUGUAUCAGCCCUGCACCUUAGAGCUCUUCAUCCCAAUGACCAAACCCUUAUCCGAGCUUCACACGGCUACAUGGCUUCGGCCUUAGCCCAGUACUCGUCUCUGCUAAGAAAUGGUGUUUCCGAAUACAAUGCUGAAGCUCUUUUCACCACAGCCGCCCUCAUAGCUUUCCAAUCCUCUGCCUCUCGCCGCUUCGAUGAUUCGGAUGGCGAAUACGCCUUACCACUUGCCUGGUUCCAUUCCUUCCAAGGAGUCAAGACAGUAGUGAUGGCCAGCUGGCAGUGGCUGCGGAAUAGCGACCGGAUACACCCAAUCAUUAGUGCGCAGCCGCCACUUCGUCUGAACCUCCAUCCUGACAAUAAAACGUUCUUUUCACCUCUUCUAGAAGGCAUGGACGAACAGCUCGCGGCUGAAGCCGAGAGGACACGAGCGGAGACAAAGCAGGGGUAUGAACAUGCUAUUGCAUUUCUCAACUGGGCACACCAGAAACCAGAGCGUGCUCGCAUUAUUGGCUUCGCUGCUACAGUCUCCCGACGCUUCGUGACGUUGAUCGGACAGCACGAUCCUAGAGCGUUAGUGAUAAUUGCGUGUUAUUUUGCUAUGACUAAAGUAGUGGAUGAUGUGUGGUGGCUGCAUGGUGUUGCAAAGAGGGAAGUGAAUGGGAUAUAUGGAUUGUUGCCAAUCGAGUGGUUGGCGAAGAUGGAGUGGCCAAUGAGGAUUGCAAAUCAUGAGGGUCCGGUGGACGAUGAUACUUGGGGGAUUAAUAACUGGUCAACCGAAGAGCCAGAGGUUAAAGAGGAGAUAGAAGGAGGUGUAAGAGCCCAUAUCGAUAUGCUUGCCGAGUUUAUGAAUGACUGCGCUCCGCAACAGCCACCAGAUUGA